CGGCGGCCUGGGACAGAGUCGGAAUCGACGGUGGCAGCGGCGGCGGUGGCGGCGGCGGCGGUGGCGGCGGCUGCCGCGGCGGUGGCGACGGCCGCGGGGACUCGGAGCUGAGAGGAGCUGCUGCUCGGACCAGCGCGUGGUUGGCAUCCAACAAAGUGAAGAAUAAACUGGUAAAUGAUCCUUGUUUGGUGGACACCUCGGAGCAAGCUGUUCCUUGGCAGGGUAUACUGACCUGGUUUAGCUUUGGCCCUGUCAGUGCUCAGGAGUUCAGGUUAUAUUUCACACUAUGUGCUGACUAUCUACAGAAACUAUUAAAAAAAAAAAGAUAAACUUUUUUCAAAGAUUUUGAUUCCAGUGGAAUCUUUGCUUUAGAUAUUGUGUGUGUGUGUGUGUGUGUGUGUGUGUGUUAGUGAAUUGCAACUCCAGAAGCAAUGCCUGUACAAGCUCCACAGUGGACGGAUUUCCUUUCCUGCCCGAUUUGCACUCAGACUUUCGACGAAACAAUUCGAAAGCCCAUCAGUUUGGGUUGUGGCCAUACUGUCUGCAAGAUGUGCCUGAAUAAACUCCACCGGAAGGCUUGCCCAUUUGACCAGACCACUAUCAAUACAGACAUUGAACUCCUUCCCGUGAACUCAGCGUUGCUUCAGCUAGUGGGUGCUCAGGUCCCUGAGCAGCAGCCCGUUACAUUGUGUAGUGGGGUUGAAGAUACAAAGCAUUAUGACGAAGCCAGGAAAUGUGUAGAAGAAUUAGCAUUGUACCUGAAACCACUCAGCAGCGCUAGAGGAGUGGGUCUGAAUAGCACUACUCAGAGUGUUCUGAGUCGCCCAAUGCAAAGGAAGCUGGUAACUCUGGUCCACUGCCAACUAGUGGAAGAAGAAGGCCGGAUCCGUGCCAUGCGAGCAGCUCGAUCGUUAGGUGAACGAACAGUUACAGAGCUCAUUCUCCAGCACCAGAAUCCUCAGCAGCUCUCUUCUAAUCUUUGGGCAGCAGUAAGGGCUCGGGGCUGCCAGUUCCUUGGACCAGCAAUGCAGGAGGAAGCUCUAAAGUUGGUUCUCCUGGCUUUAGAAGAUGGUUCUGCUUUGUCAAGAAAAGUAUUGGUUCUCUUUGUGGUGCAAAGGUUAGAGCCACGGUUCCCUCAAGCCUCUAAAACUAGCAUUGGGCAUGUUGUCCAGCUCCUGUAUAGAGCCUCCUGUUUCAAGGUCACCAAACGGGAUGAAGACUCCUCUUUGAUGCAACUAAAAGAAGAAUUCAGGACCUAUGAAGCUCUGCGGCGAGAGCAUGACUCCCAGAUAGUUCAGAUUGCUAUGGAAGCAGGCUUACGAAUCGCACCAGACCAGUGGUCCUCUUUGUUGUAUGGAGACCAGUCUCACAAAUCUCAUAUGCAGUCCAUUAUUGACAAGUUGCAGACUCCAGCCUCUUUUGCACAAAGUGUCCAGGAACUAACAAUUGCUCUCCAGCGAACUGGAGAUCCAGCAAAUUUGAACCGACUAAGACCCCAUUUGGAGCUAUUAGCAAACAUUGACCCCAGUCCAGAUGCUCCUCCUCCUACUUGGGAACAGCUAGAAAAUGGAUUGGUUGCUGUGCGUACAGUGGUACAUGGGCUGGUUGAUUACAUCCAGAACCACAGCAAGAAAGGAGCAGAUCAACAGCAGCCUCCACAGCAUAGCAAAUACAAGACAUACAUGUGUCGAGAUAUGAAGCAGAGAGGAGGAUGCCCUCGUGGGGCCAGCUGUACAUUUGCACACUCCCAGGAGGAACUGGAAAAAUUUCGUAAAAUGAACAAACGCUUGGGUCCCAGAAAACCCCUGAGUGCCUCUAUGGGUCAGCUUAAUGAGGUGGGCCUGCCUUCAGCAGCUAUCCUUCCUGACGAAGGUGCGGUGGAUUUGCCCAACAGAAAACCCCCUGCUCUGCCCAAUGGGAUUGUGUCAGCAGGGAACACAGUAACGCAGCUGAUUCCCCGAGGAACAGACCCCAGCUACGAUUCUACUCUGAAACCAGGAAAGAUGGAUCAUCUGAGCAGCAGCGCCCCCGGAUCCCCUCCUGACCUGCUAGAAACUGUCCCCAAGAAUAUUCCACAUCCUGUACCUCCAAGGGGGCCAUCAGACCUGCCUCCUAUGCCUGUCACUAAACCAAUGCAGAUGGUGCCCCGGGGUUCGCAGUUAUAUCCCGCCCAGCAGGCAGACGUGUAUUACCAGGAUCCUCGAGGAGCCGCUCCGCCAUUUGAACCAGCACCUUAUCAGCAGGGUGUGUACUACACUGCACCACAGUGUGUGUCCCGCUUUGUCCGACCUCCACCAACUGCUCCUGAGCCUGGUCCUCCCUACUUGGAUCAUUACCCACCCUACCUUCAAGAUCGUGUUGUAAACUCUCAAUAUGGCACGCAGCCACAACAGUACCCACCUAUGUACCCGCCACACUACGAUGGCCGUCGAAUAUACCCUGCUCAGUCUUAUCCAAGAGAGGAGAUUUUCCGGGAUAGUCCUAUACCCAUUGAGAUUCCACCUGCAGCAGUACCAUCCUAUGUACCAGAAUCCAGAGAAAGAUACCAACAGGUGGAGGGUUACUACCCAGUGGCUCCUCAUCCAACUCAGAUCAGACCUUCGUACAUCAGAGAGCCUCCUUAUAGCCGGCUUCCUCCUCCUCCCCAGCCCCACCCUAGUCUAGAUGAGCUACAUCGAAGACGAAAGGAAAUAAUGGCCCAACUAGAGGAAAGGAAGGUUAUCUCUCCACCUCCUUUUGCACCUUCACCAACAUUGCCGCCUACCUUCCAUCAAGAGGAAUUAUUGGAUGAAGACUUGAAGGUAGCUGGGAAAUAUAAGGGAAAUGAUUAUAGCCAGUACUCUCCCUGGUCAUGUGACACCAUCGGCUCCUACAUUGGAACCAAAGAUGCAAAACCCAAAGAUGCUGUGGCAGCAGGGAGUGUGGAAAUGAUGAACGUGGAGAGUAAAGGAAUGAGAGACCAGCGGUUGGAUCAUCAGAGAAGAGCAACAGAAACCAGUGAUGAUGACCUCAUCCCAUUUGGAGACCGACCAACAGUGUCUCGGUUUGGUGCCAUCUCUCGAACUUCCAAAACAAUAUAUCAGGGUGCUGGCCCAAUGCAGGCUAUGGCACCUCAGGGAGCUCCCACAAAAUCUGUUAACAUUUCAGAUUACAGUCCAUAUGGAACCCAUGGUGGCUGGGGAGGCUCUGCUUACUCACCUCAUCAAAACAUACCUUCUCAGGGACACUUCAGUGAGAGGGAGAGAAUAUCCAUGUCAGAAGUGGCCAGUCAUGGCAAACCGCUUCCAUCUGCUGACAGGGAACAGCUACGACUAGAAUUACAGCAGCUAAACCAUCAAAUUAGCCAACAGACUCAGCUACGUGGACUAGAGGCUGUUAGUAACAGGCUGGUGUUGCAGAGGGAGGUGAACACCCUGGCAGCCCAGUCACAACCACCGCCACCACCUCCAAAAUGGCCUGGAAUGAUCUCAAGUGAGCAGUUGAGCUUGGAACUGCACCAGGUGGAAAGGGAAAUCGGGAAGAGAACCCGGGAACUGAGUUUGGAGAACCAGUGUUCUAUGGAUAUAAAAAGCAAAUUGAAUACAAAUAAGCAAGCAGAAAAUGGACAACCAGAACCACAAACUAAGGUUCCAACUGAGGAUCUUACAUUGACAUUCAGUGAUGUACCGAAUGGAUCAGCCUUGACCCAAGAGAAUAUCAGCCUCCUAUCAAACAAGACCAGCUCUCUGAACCUAUCAGAGGACCCUGAGGGAGGAGGAGACAACAAUGACUCCCAGAGAUCAGGAGUUACACCCAGUUCUGCUCCUUAAAAUAUGAGGAGUCCGACUUCAAUCUUUUGCUCCGAAUCAAGUUGUGGGACAUAGGUGUAGCAGAACAGUAACUUCUCUACUUCUUCUCUGAGAGUGGUCAGAGAAGUCCAAGGAAAGCACCGGAGGCAAUGUGCACAAACACCACUACUAAAAACAAACCCUGCACAUAGAUCACAUCAAUGCAUUUUUUAAUUUAAAAAAAGGAAAAAGAAAAAGGAAAUUAGCAGUAUCUGCAAGCAAUUCAGAUUAAAUUUGUUUUUGUUCUGUGAAUGAACUUUAUUUUAAUAACUUUGGACGCCUUGGAUCCAGGGCUUUAAAAAAAAGAAGAUAUUAUAUAUACACUCUGUUUGAUUAAUUGUAUGAUCUUAAUGAAGUAGGUUUUUCUUGUAUUUUGGUAUUAUUACAUACCCAGUGUAUAAUUCCUGCCUUGCAAUCUUUUCCCACUCUCACAACCCCAUAAAUUAAAACAGACAAAAAGCACCGGCCUUUCUGAGAAUCCUCCGGUGCUUGAUAAACAAAAAGACAGUAACAGACCAGUUAGAAAAUGUGCAGCAAACCAAGGUUUCUGAGAGCUGUCAUUUGGAAGCCAUGAUUAUCCUUUCCUCUCUGGUCACUGCCUUCAUGUGUUACGCUUCCUAUGUUAUUCAAACGUAUUUUUGUUCGGGGGGGGGGGGGGGGGGUCAUUUCUUGUUUUGUUUUUAACUUUUCAGAGAUAAUUGCCAGACAAUUUAUGAAGUCCUCACGUCCAUGUUAUGGAAUCCUUUCAUUCUCUUAAUGUAAUCUGAAAGCAGAGCCAGUGUUUAGAUUGUUGGUUAGAUUUGUAUGGAGAUUAUUUUAAGAAUGAACUCUUAAUUUAUUAGCACUGGAAAUACUUGGUUAGUGUAUGACCUACUUUGAGGUGAUGGUUGGAAAUUUGGACCCGUGCUUUUUUCUAAAUUUUGGGUAAAAUCAGAGAAUGCUAAAAAUCAGCCCAGCACAGUCAACCAUGUUUUAAAACUGCAACACUUGACUUUAAGUUAAAAUGGACAGAGCUACAUUAUUUCACUGAAUUCUUUUAUUUUACCCUCAGAACACAAAGAUAUAAAAUAAGAUCCCUAAAUAUCAGUGCCCCUGGCUUUCAGAGGUAGGUAGAAGAACCUAGAGGUUAAUUUCCAUAGACUUGGCUUUAUAAUACUAUAAAGAUUCUUCAUGAAAAUGUUAUAAAGAA